CAACAACCGUUUCGCUCUCUACACCUGCCUUGCUCGUAUCCGCGUCGAAGGAGAAACUCAAGCCAAAGAAGAUGGAGGAGCUGAAGGCCACGACGAAGUCAAAGCCCAUCAGCCACAGCCUAAUGGGCAACCUCUCAAUGUUUAGUCCUGAACUCCUAUAUCCACAGGCAACCCCAUCCUCUCCAUUACAUAUCCCACUGUCGUUUCCCAUUGGAUCUCCUGCUGCGGUACCCUUACGUCUCCCUUGACUGCAUCCCUGAGUACACCUGCCACCCCCCGGCCCCUGUGCUCGCUAUCCAGAUGCGUGCUACGCAUAUGAUCUCAUUUGGGAGUUUGAGGGUUGCGAGUCCUGUUAUAUCUGUGCUCGCAGACAUCUAUCUCA